ACGAGGCCAAGAUGGCGGCGAAGAUGGCGUCGUCGUUUCCUCGGAGCCGGUUCCGGGGCUGUUUGUUGGGGGCUCUCCUCGGGGACUGUUUGGGGGGCGGCUUCGAGGCCUUGGAGUCGGUCAACCUGACGGAGCUGCUCCAGUUUGCUCGCAACCUCCAGCCCCCGAAGCCGGACUCUGAGAAAGAAACCCUUUUCUAUAGCGAUGACACAGCCAUGACCCACUGUGUGGUAAGGUCGCUACUGGCCAAGCGGGACUUUGAUGAAGUGGAUAUGGCAAAGAGUUUCGCUGAGGAAUAUAAGAGGGACCCUGACCGGUCCUAUGGAGCCGGUGUGAUUACAGUCUUCAAGAAACUCCUCAGCCCCAAAUGCAGAGAUGUGUUUGAACCAGCAAGGCAGCAGUUUAAUGGGAAAGGCUCUUAUGGGAAUGGUGGUGCAAUGAGAGUGGCAGGCAUCCCACUUGCUUACUCAAACGUUCAAGAUGUAAGGAAGUUUGCUAAACUGAGUGCUGAGCUGACCCACUCAAACUCCCUGGGCUAUAAUGGAGCCAUACUGCAGGCUUUGGCCAUUCACUAUGCUCUCCAGGGGGAAUUGAAUCGGGAUGAGUUCUUGGAGCAGCUGAUUGGCCACAUGGAGGAUGUGGAAGGCGAUGACAAGUCUCUUGCUGAUGCCCGAAUGCUGGGCUAUGAGGAAUUACCCUUUUCAAAGCGCCUAAAAAAGAUCAAAGAAUUUUUGGAGAAGAGCAGUGUGCCCAGAUCAGAUGUGGUGUUAGAAUUAGGCAAUGGCAUUGCAGCUCUCCAUUCUGUCCCCACCGCCAUCUAUUCCUUCCUGCGCUGUAUGGAAUCUCAACCAGAUCUCCCUGAGGACUACAACAACUUGCAACAGACCAUUAUCUACUGCAUCUCACUGGGUGGGGACACGGACACAAUUGCAACUAUGGCUGGAGCAAUUGCAGGGGCGUAUUAUGGGGAAGAACAGGUGCCCCAAAGUUGGAAGCAUAGCUGUGAAUCUCACGAGGAGACAGAGAAGCUGGCCGACACCUUGUAUGACCUGUUCUGCCAGCAGAUCUGAGCCACAGAGUGAGAGAAAUGGAAUCCGGUGAUCAGAUCUUUGUUCUGGUGGAGGUAAAACCUUUCUGCAAUGGGGGAUAUUUCCUCAAGGAAAACAUGCUUAGGAAGUACUGACAGUAUGAUGAAGAUACUCACUCAAAAGUGCCAGCUGCUUUCCGCUACAUCUUUUUGCCACCUCUGAUUUUUAGACUUUUAUAAUUAAAUCCGAGUUGGAAUCAAAUGUUUUUCUUAACUCACUGUGUCCAGCAUUGUAUGGCAAGGUGCUUGAUCUAAAUUUGGCUUCAUGGUGGUUUGGUAGCCAGAUUUUACAAAUAGUGUUUACAAAACCUCACUGUUAGACUAUACAAGGGGGAGAAAGGGCAUCCCUAUGCUUAGGAAAUAAGAUAAAAACAGGGUUAUAUGCCAACAGAUUCAUGUUACCACAUUUCAACUAAUACUAGGGUAGAAGGUAAUCUGAAAAAAAAUGGCUUCUGCAUUUGCUUGGUAGUUGGCAACAGCCCAAGAAGGAAAAGCAAAACUUUCCCUUCUGUAACUAACUGGUAAGUAACUUGGAAUACAUAGAAUCUGAUUUCUCAGGUGUCUUUUAAAACAGGGUCGUGUGCUGCCAUUAUUUUUUAAAUGUGUCAUGUAAGAUUUAGUAAGAUUUUAAUUGUGAGGUGUACUGAAUGAAUCAGUAAAACUGAUGGUGAUAAAUGUAAAAUGAACUUUGGCUGAUGGAGGCCAAAUUAUAAGCAUUCUCUUGGGCGCAUAGAAGGAAGGAGAAGUUAACCACCUAACCAAAAAUGUCUGAUGCUAGCAAACGUAUUUGUGGAGUAACUCUUGGGUAUUUAUGUGUAAAAUCCACAACAUAGAUCCUGGCUGUGUAGUUGAUGCCACAGUUUAAUCUGGAAUUGUGCUGUACUGUUUGGCCUAUACACAUUGGGCUUUCUGGUGACGUUGAAAUCAGGACAAAGGCACACCGGGGGGUUAGAGGGGGAAAGCUCACUCCGUCUGCUAAAUGUUGGAGAGUAUAGGUAAAAGUCUUGAACAGUUUAGCCCAGAUAGAGUUCUGUAUUUUGUUUUCAAGAAGGCAAGUAACCAAAUUAGAGGUUGUACAUGUUGGCCUAAAACUGCAGUCUUCCAGUACCUAUUUGGUAGCUUCGUAUAGACAGAGGCCUUUCAGCAGAACAGUUAUGCAUGUCCCAGUAUCACUGGAUCAGUUUGUAAGUGGACAAGUGAGGGUCCAGGCUUAGCUCUCUGGGUUGCGGUUGGACUGCAGACCUCUUUAGUUUCUUUCCCCUUGUAAUGUGCAAGUUUGAUCAAAGAAAGGAUUUGUUCUAAAGAUCAGCAAAAAUAUGUUUGCCUAAGGUUUUUUUUUUUUAAUGCAGGUGGUAACUUGGAAUACAAAUGAAUAUCUCUUUGUAAAAUAAGAUUUAUUGACGUUGGUUCAAUACAAUCAAGUACUGUAGUUUCAGUUCAGAAGUGAAGGCCAGUUUUGAUCACAAAACAAGAGUGCAUUUAAAAACCAAAUUUACUAUGAAACAGUGCAUGUAACAUAAGUAUUUACAAAACUAAAAAUCCUCUAUAUAGUAGGUUAGAAAUGAAGAUACCAGAGGCAAACUAAGAGAGAAAUGGUAUAUAAAAUGCAUAUUGCAAUGCUUAGUUAAGUCUCCCACCUCUUCUGUCUACUGACUGAAACCUAGUUCCCAUAUGCUUUUCCAACAUGAAAACCCAACCUUUGUCACAGACAAAUAGCAGGCACUGAAUGUGUCAAUAAUAAUAAGCCACCCCAUAACUUUCCAGUCAGCCUCUUCGUCCCAUACAUCAUCUUCUUUUGUGUGAUGGCAGCAUCUUUCGGUAUGCAUGUUAAGUUAAAAGGUUCUUUAAAACUGUAUAUCUGUAGCAGGUUUACCAUCUGUACGAGAAGAGGAUAGUGAGGCUGCAAAACCUUCCCUAUGGAACUGAAUGUUUCAAUACCUCUGAGUUUGGAGAUAAAUGUGUAAAUGGUUACUGUGUUUUCUGUCUUACCAGCCAGAAAACAAGUGAUAAAUCUACAAAGGAAAAAAAAAAGGUUAUCUCAUCAUAAGAAACCAGUAUAAAUAAAUUGUGUACAAGGUACCGAAAGGAACAAAGCUUGGAUUUAUGCAGUUCUCUGCUUCUGUUAAAAUACUUAUUGACCAUUCUUUCCCACCUCAGGCAAUGUGACUUUGUUAAAUAGUAGCACAUUUUCUUUCAUCUGUUGGCAUUAACCGUGGAAGUUUAAUGCUCUCCUCCACAGGAAAAUACACUUAAGUCAAGAGCACAAGUCUAGAAUCCCUCUUCCAAUAUCAGGCACGCAGAAAAUGUGUGUACUUGGCUUCUUCAGUUUUAGCCUGUGGUGACUGAAUGUCAAAUCAAAGAUGUUAUUGCAAGUGGAGUAUGCCUUUGGCAUCCUUCUCCUCUCCAGGAAUUUAAAAACACAUCAGAUGGAACCAGAAAUCUUGGGCCUAUACUUUUGUUGUGUCUAAGUCCAAACAGACACAUUUUACGUUGAAGGAAGGAAGGAAAAAGGAAGAAGGAAGGAAGCUACACAACUGAAAUACAGGUGACCCAAAUUUCAAUUCCAUAUCAUCCUUGGGGUUUUUAAGAUAUUUCUAAGCUCCAUAAUGUGACUUGUCUCAAACGCCGUUCAGAAUAUUGGUUCACAAAUGCAUUUUGAAUGUCUAUUUUAAUGUUUAAAUAUUUCUAUGUACACUAAACCUGGAGAAUUAUAUUAAGAUGCUUGAGCCAUGCACUUGAAAAUCCCUGGACAAGAUUAAUGCCUUUUGUUUUCUUCAUAAAUGGCUUGUAUGGAAAGGGAGUUUAAACACAUUAUUUUUCCUGGAUGAGACAGUUCUCUUUUUAACCAUUUAGGGUUAUGCAUUGCCACUUAUUGUGCGAGCCCAAAGCGUUUGAUUGCUCC